AUGAAACUUAUCAUCUAUUUCACCAUCCUAGCUGGAACAACUUUAUUCACUCACUCAUAUGUGCAGAAAGAGGACCAUGCACCUUACUUAGCAUACCUCAAGUCUAACUUCAACCCCUGUGUGGGUGUCCUCAUCAAGGCCAGCUGGGUGCUGGCCCCAUCUCACUGCUAUUUACCAAAUCUGAGGGUGAUGUUGGGAAAUUUCAAGAGCAGAAUCAGAGAUGGGACAGAGCAGACAAUUUAUCCCAUCCAGAUUAUCCGCUACUGGAACUACAGCCACACAGCCCCACAGGAUGACCUCAUGCUUAUUAAACUAGCUAAGCCUGCCACCUUCAAUCACAAAGUCCAGGUUCUCCCCCUAGCCACCACCAACGUCCGGCCAGGCACUGUCUGCACACUGUCAGGUUUGGACUGGAGUCAAGAAAACAAUGGCAGGCACCCUGACUUACGGCAGAAUCUGGAGGCUCCAGUGAUGACUGACAAAGACUGCCAGAAAACUCAACAAGGAAGCAGCCACAGAAACUCCUUAUGUGUCAAAUUUGUGAAAGUAUUCAGCCGAAUUUUUGGGGAGGUUGCUGUAGCUACGGUCAUUUGUAAAAACAAGCUCCAGGGAAUAGAAGUUGGACACUUCAUGGGAGGGGACGUUGGCAUCUACACCAAUAUUUACUCAUAUGUACCAUGGAUUGAGAAAACCACUAAGGAGAAGAUGAAAUGA